GGGACGGGAACCAAAGCCCGGCUCAUCCCCACCCUGCUCAUCCCAGAACAUCCCGGGCUGCUCCGGGUCUGCAGGGCUCUGGGGGGGCUCGGGUGGGAGAAAACCCGGGCUGCUUUGACAAGGAAAGCCGCGUGUGCUCCAGGAGGCUUUUUAAAUUUUUUUUUUUUUUUUACUUUUUGGGAGGCUGUGCCGCUGUGCGGCGGGAUGUAAACAGCCGGGGGCGAGUCUUUAUCAUCACAGAAAAAUCCAGCGGGUGGGGUGGGCGCUGCUGGGCGCAGGAAACGCCGCGGAGCGAACGCGGGCGGCCGAGGCAGCGGCGCCCGGCUCCGUCCUGGGGCGCUCAGGGUUUUCUUUGGGGUACCAGGCGCUUGAAGGAUUUCCAGGAUGCGCUCCCCUCGUAGCGGAGCGUUGCUCGAGGCUCGGUAGCUGCGAAGAGCUCGGCGGAUUAAAUCCUGCUCCCGCAAGUUCGGAGGAGCUGAAGGAAGCAGCGCAGCUCCCCGGGCCGCCUUUCCCGCAGGAAUUCCUCUUCUGGGAACCGCAGCGGGGUCGAGCUGAGCCCCCUCCCCUGCGCCUGGAGGCAGAGCGAAACCUCCUCUCCUUCCCGAAGGCCAUUCUUCAGACCGAGGACGCGCGGCUCGGCCUCGCCAUGGCCGCGGCGCUGACGGAGAAGCUGAGCCAGCUCUUCACCAAGGUCGGGCAGCUGCCCCAGCUGCUGGGGCCGCCGCCGGCGGGCACGGUGAGCAGCGCCGAGGUGCCGCCGGUGUUUUGGAGGCCUUACAUCCACGGCGGCUACCGGCCCCCGCGCCGGCCCUGGCGCUAUUACUUCUCCUCGCUCUUCCGGCAGCACAACGAGGCCGUCAACGUGUGGUCGCACCUGGCGGCCGCGCUGGCGCUGCUGCUGCGCCUGCAGCUCCUCUGGCAGCGCGUGGACUUCGGGCAGGACGCGCACGCCCGGCCGCUGCUCCUCAUCCUGGCGGCCUCCAUCACCUACCUGAGCUUCAGCAGCCUGGCGCACCUGCUGCAGGCCAAGUCCGAGUUCUGGCACUACGGCUUCUUCUUCCUGGACUACGUGGGGGUGGCCGUGUACCAGUACGGCAGCGCCCUGGGUCACUUCUACUACGCCAUCGAGCCGGGCUGGCACCGGCGCGUCCGCGGCUUCUUCCUGCCGCUGGCGGCGGCGCUGGCCUGGCUGUCCUGCGCCGGCUCCUGCUACGCCAAGUUCCGCUUCCACCCGCGCUGCCCGCUGCCCGGCCGCCUGUGCCAGGAGCUGCCCUCGGGGCUGGCCUACGCGCUGGACAUCAGCCCCGUGCUGCACCGCAUCUGCACGGCCGCGCGCCCCGACCCCGCGCUGCUCUACCACCGCUGCCAGGUGCUCUUCUUCCUCCUCGGGGCCUUCUUCUUCUCGCAGCCCUACCCCGAGAAGUGGUUCCCCGGCAAGUGUCACUUCUUGGGGCAGAGCCACCAGAUCUUCCACGUGUUCCUGGUGCUGUGCACGCUGGCGCAGAUCGAGGCCGUGGUGCUGGACUACGAGUCCAGGAGGGAGAUCUACUCCUCCCUGCAGGGGGGCCCGGCUCACGACUUCUCCGCCCUGUUCCUGGUCACCGUCAGCUGCUCCGUGCUCACUGCCGCCUACAUGGCCCACAGGGUGAAGAACAAGCUGGGCCUCAAGGAAGAGUAAAGAAAAGAUGAGCUCGGCCCAAAUGCAGCCCCGAGCCCCCAGAUGCUGCUUCACGAACUGCUACUCAGCAAGUGCUUUCUGUAGGGAACGAGAGAUGCUUUUAAUGCUUUUUAAAUCCAGCCUAAGUUCCAGCUUGCUCGCAGAAUGGUACACGGGGUCAGUUCACCUCUGAAUAAACAGUUGGAACAAAGAGUCUGUGUGCCCUGCUGGGCUGGGAAGGCUCUGGGAGGCUGCCAGGUCUCCCAGCUCCAGAGGAGGAGAGGCCAUCUGGCCCCCGUUAGACUCUAAACCGUGCACACAGCCCAAGGGGAGGCUGUUUAAACCACUACGGUGACAAAUUAAUUUAAUACCACUUCAGGCCGCUCCUGUAGGGAGCUGUUCAGAGCUGCCCGUGCGGUGCCAGGGCCCUGUCCCUGAAGGCAGGGAAAGGAGGGAGGGGUUGGUGUCAUGGGGAGCCCCAGCAGCGGGUCAGGGCUGGGAACAGGCGGGUGCGGAUAUCCCGCUGCGGGUCUGGGGGAAAAGCGGGCCCGCCCCAGCCCCACAGACCGAUCCCGCCGAUACCGCUCCCGCCGCUCUGAGGAGGCCCCGCCGCCGCC